AAGAAACCUUGCUGGAAGCACCCCUGAAGAAUCGUAAUUAUGGUGUCCAAGAAGCAGACUAAGGCUCAUGAGUCCGUUAACGCCGGCUUGCAGCUUGUUCUCAAAUCUGGCAAGUACACUAUUGGUUGGAGGUCUACUAUGAAGGCGAUCCGUUCCGGUAGCGCCAAGCUAGUCCUCGUCUCGAACAACUGCCCUGCUCUUCGUCGUUCCGAGAUCGAGUACUACGCCAUGCUCUCGAAGACUGGUGUCCAUCACUACGUCGGUGACAACAACGCCCUCGGUACCGCCUGCCGUAGGUUCUACCGCGUUUCCUGCAUGGCCGUCCUCGAUGCUGGUGACUCUGAUAUUCUCACCGCUCUGGAGUAAAGGAGGCCUCGAGGGAUGCCACUCUUAGCGGAGUUUCUUCGGGAUU